AUGGUGAUAGAAUUAGUCCUCAUCCUAAUAAUGGCUUCUGCCUACAGAUGUCAAGUUGGGAUUGGAUCAGAACUGCGAUGUUAUCAGUGCAACUCAUUAACCCAACCACAUUGCGGAGACUACUUCGACAAUCGAACUUUUCCACUAGUUGCUUGUCCAAAUGAUGGCAAGAAUUAUUCCAGAUGUGUCAAAAUGAUCCAGGAAAUGUAUUUAGAUGGAAAGUGGACUAGACGUUAUUAUCGAGAUUGUGCAGUAACCGGUGUAAUUGGUGCAGAAGAUGGUCGUUGGUGUAUUGAUCGACUAGGCACAUAUCGUGUUAAAGUUCGUUAUUGUAAUUGUAAUAAUAAAAAUGGAUGUAAUUCAACUCCACCAUUGUCUGUUUCACUGACAUUCAAUACAUUUAUGAUCAUUGGAUUAUUAUUGUUAUUAUUUUAUUCUUCUCGAAUUAUUUAA